UUGGACUUACCACACUCGCAUCCCUCUCUCUGCAUUUCUGUUGCCUCUCUCUCUCCAAACUGUCUAAGUGCCUGUCUGCCUUCAGCACUCCAUAAAGAACACAGGGGCUCAUCUCAAACUUUUGCUAAAGACAGAAAGUUUGACUGAGAUUGACUUUUACCUUUCUUUUCCUCACUUUCUCUCUGAGUGGCUCCAGUCACCACUCUGCUCUCUCAUUCAUUCUGUCCUGACAACUUUCCUCCUCACUCUGACUGAAGAGUGCGAAGAAGAAACCGGAGCACGUGACAAUUUCCGGAGUUCAAUUUAUUUAUUAAUUUUCUUAUUUAUUUAUUUAUCUACGUUUGUCUGCUGGUUUUCCAAUCUCUUGGAUCCGAAACCAAUAUGAAAUUGCUGCUCGACUCCUCCUCAUCACUCCUCUUCUCGCUGCUAUUGGCUCAGCUGCCUGUGUUCACGUCUGCCUCUCCAGUACCGCAGCGGCGGCCCAGUGACAUGGAUAAACUGUCCAAUCAGACCAAGAAUCUAAUGAAGCUCACGCAAGAACUGCUGAGGGAGCAUGCAUUUGACUCAGACGUGGAGCCCCACAGAUUCAGGUCUCUGCCAGAAAUGAGCAACAGAUCAGCCAAUGACCUCAACAAUCUUGAGCUGAAGCCCACACUCUCUCAGCUGCAUGCUGACCUGAAGCUGUAUGAGCACCACUUUGAGUGGCUGAACAAGGUUUCAAAGAAGCACCACCACCCAGCAGUGCCCAAGCUGGUGGAGAUGAUCAGAGAAAUGAAAUCUCUCAUCAACCUGCUGCACCGUCAGAUGCUAAGAGUUGAAGCACCGAGGCUGACUCCGGCGACCCCUUCUCUCCCCCCUCACCUCCCCUAUCAGUUUGAUGUCCUGCAGUCCAGCCACGAGCUUCUCCAACACUUCAAGCUCUUCUGUGAUUGGGCAUACAGAGCAUUCAUUAGCCUCAAGCCCAAAGUUACUGCAGUACAAUGAUGACCCAUGAACUACUUGGCUGCAGAGCCAUGUGCAUACAUGGAGUCCCGCCUCAGCCAAAGGGGAAUUAGGACCAUGUCAGUGUGCAGUGUAGUCAAUAGCAUCCCUUAAGAGGCCAAAUCAUCAACCAAUGACAUGCGUGUUGAAGAAUGUGUCUUUCCAUCAGAGCCAUUGAGGAUGCACUAUACUGCAACCAGUUACGACCAUCAAGAUUCCCGUUAAAGCAAACAGCCAGUUUAACUAUGAUGAUCAUGUCAUAAUUCCCCAAACUUUCUCCCAAAGGCCUUGUUCAUGACCAUGUUAUUUAUGUAUUUAUUUAUUUAUUGACUGUUAGUAAUUUAUUUAAUUUUAUUUAUUUGAAGUUGAAAUGUGUCACUCUCAUCUUUAUUUCUGUAUCAACGUGAAUUUAUUUGCCCAAGUCUUUGUAAUCUUUCUUAUUGUCUUGUGUCUCACUGAUCCUCAAGAAAAACACAGUAGCACUUCCUGAACCUAUAGCUCUGAUAAUGACUUUUGUUUUUUUUUAAUAUAUUUUUUGGGGGCUUUUUAUGCCUUUAUUUGAUAGCACAGUAGAGAGA